GUCGGCUAACUUUACGAUCAUAGUGAAUGAGUGAAAUAUUUAAUCCAUGAGAAAAUUACAUUAAAUAAAAUUUUCUUUUUUUUUUUUUUUUUUUUAAUUCUUUAUAUGAAGUAAUUAUACAUGACAAAUGUACACAACACUAAAAGAGCCGUUUUAAUCACCAGAAAAAAAAAAAGUUAUUCAACCAGUUUUUUUUUUUUGUUAUACGACAUUUGAGAAUUCAACCUUGUUCAGCUAUGAAAACUACUAGGAAGUAAACUAGAAACGUAAAAAUGACUUGUAUUAAUAAUGAGUGAACGAACAUACAAUGUAUAAAACUCAAUGAUAAAUUUAUGUCAGUUUUUCGACCGUUUUGAUAGAUAUAUUUUGUGCAUUCAAUUUUUACUUGAUAAAUUAAAAAUUAACUAUAUAUACUCUAACAUUUUUCAAUAUAAAAUUUUUUUUGUAUUAUCUGAUCAUACUUAUUUUAUAUAUACUCAUACAAAGUUUCUCUAAAAAGUUUGCAGUCAAUUUUAUCUUUGUCUUGCAUGAUCAAUAAAAAAUAUUGAAGGAUGGCCGAAGCUGUAGUGGAUGGCACUUCAAUGUCCCGAUUUUUUUGUCACAAAUGCAGCAUUGAGAUUGAACGUUUAUUACCGGAUUAUACAUGUCCAAACUGUGCCAGUGGUUUCAUAGAAAGACUCGAGAAUGCAGAAGAUCAUGAUGCUAACAUGGAAAUGAAUUCCGAAGACUUCAAUGAUAUUGAUUUCGAUCAAAUAUACAUGGAUUUACCUGAAAUGAUUCCAUCCUCGCAACUUCAUGACUCUUCAUCUGAAGGCAACACUCGUAGAGAUAGAAGGCGACGGGACGUUCUUUUUAAUAGGUAUGGGCAUUCUCGUCAUAGACGACGAACAAUGACACAUGAAAAUCUACUUCAAGAAUUUCUUUUGAAUUUAACUGGAGUUAAUAUCCAACGCCCAAUGAAUGCAAGCAGGCAGGCCCCUGUAUUUUUCCUGGGUAAUCCUGGUGAUUAUGUAUGGGGAAGAGAUGGCUUAGAUACCAUUGUCACGGAGUUGUUGAAUCAAUUAGACGGAAGUGGCCCUCCACCGUUAUCACGAAACCAAAUUGAAGAAAUCCCUACUACAUCGAUAGUUCAGUCUCAUAUUGAUUGUAAGCUGCAAUGCUCGAUUUGUUGGGAGGAUUUUAUUUUGUCGGAGUUUGUUCGACAAUUACCAUGCAAACAUCUAUAUCAUGCACCGUGUAUUGUUCCCUGGCUUGAAUUGCAUGGUACUUGUCCAAUCUGUCGGCAAAACCUUGGUGAUGAAAGUACAGUUGAUGAAAGUCAAGAUGAAGUUGGACCAAGUUUAGCAGCUCUUUUUCGAGCUGCGAAUCAACUGAGUAGUCGAAGUUCUACUUCUUCAACAGCACCAAGUAAUAAUUCAACGAAUGAUUCUAUGAAUGAAAUGUAAAAUUAAUAAUUAGUGUGAAUAGUAAAAAUUUAUCUAAUUUGUACUCAUGCUAUAAUCUCCAAAAAAAUGUUUGAAUAUUUAAUUUCAAUAUUAACUCAAGCAUUAUUAUUAUUUCCAUUGUCGACCGAGAACCCAUAUAUUAUUCACACAAUCUAUUCAUGUAAUAUGACAGUGAUAAAUAAAUCAUUCUGAUCUGCAGCUUCAUUAAUGACAAUUUGCAACAAUUAAACACGAUGCAAAACUAAAAUAAGAAAAUAAUUAAAUUUUGUUGAUAAUAAAUGUUAUUAACAUAAUUCUUACUUAUUAAAUUAUUCAAAUUGUACGACUCUAAAGAGGCAGCAUCUUACACAAAAUAAAAAUAAGAGACAUUUAUAUUUUAUCCUCUGAAUUUCGAUAAAAUUUACGAAUAUAUUAUGUAACAUAUAGCCUUGUAGAAAACACAUAUUGGCGAAAUGAAUUUGAACCUGAAGUCUCUUACUAGAUAUAAUCUCACAAUAAAAUUGAGAUGAAAUGUAUAUAAAGCCAAUUUACUUGUUACAGGAUGGGUCGAAUAUAUGGUAAGCAGAAAAAUAUAUGUAAUUCUUACAUUCAAGUGUGCGCACAUUAUUUCUAGUGAUA